GAAGGCUUCGACUUUUCUGCUUCAAAAUUCUAUGAAAAAUAAUUUCUAAAAAUUAAACAAAAAAAAUCACAAAAUUUUUCGUUUACCCGCCGACUUUUUCUCAACUCCAACAAAAUGUGCCACCGCCGGAGCCCGGAUUACAGUGGCAACACCUACCUUGGCCUACACCUGGGCACUGAUAAAUUCCGCGCCUUGAUACUCGAUGCCAACCUGAAGGCAAUCUACUUUUCCCAGGUGCGCUACGACGUGGACUUGCCCGAGUAUGGCACCAAAUAUGGUACCGUGACGGACGGCGGCCCCAUGGAGUUCCUCGCCUGCCCCGUGAUGUGGGUGAAGGCGUUGGACAUGCUACUGAACAGCCUGGAGUCCCAGGGCGCGGAUAUGCAUUCGAUAGUCGCGGUAUCGGCGGCUGGCCAGCACCAUGGCUGUGUCUUCUGGUCGGACCUGGGGCUGCGCAGGCUGUGCAACCUGAAUCCGCACCUUCGCCUCCACGAGCAGCUGCCGGAGAGCGCCUUUGAGCUAAUCCGCUCGCCCACCUGGCGUGACACCUCCACCGACAAGGAGGUGCUCGAGAUGACGCAAGCGGUGGGGGGCUCCUUGGAGAUGGCGGCCAUCACCGGCUCCCGGACUUAUGCCCGCUUCACGGGUCCCCAGAUCCGAAAGGUGUUUAAGCAGUGCCCGGAGCACUACGAGCGCACGCCGCGGAUCUCGCUGCUUAGCAGUUUCGUGACCUCGCUGCUCAUUGGCGGCAUGGCCGCCAUCAGCGUCUGCGAUGCUUCGGGAAUGAACCUCUUGGACUUGGGGCAGAACAAGUGGUCACAAAAGUGCCUGGACGCCUGUGCCCCCGACUUGGCCAGGCGCCUAAGAAAGCCGGUCGCCUCGUCGCAGCUCCAGGGACACAUUGCGGACUACUACGUGAAGCGCUGGAACUUUAGGCCCGACUGCAUGGUCCUCUCCGGCACCGGAAGCAAGGGCGCCGAGCUGGCCGGAGUGCUGGUUGAGAAGGACUUCAUUGUGAUCUCGCUGGACGUCAGCGACACGAUUACAAUGCCCCUCACCAAGGCCCCGCAUCUGGAGGAGGGCCAUGUGAUGCGGCACGCCACUCGGCCGGAUCAGUUUAUGGGCCUGCUCUGUUUCCGAAACGGUUUGGUGGCCCGCACCAUCAUCUGCGAGGAGGUGGCCAAGGGCAACUUUGACCAGUUCUACGCAAUGCUGGAUGCCACGCCCAAGGGCAACGGCGGCAACUUGGCCGUCCACUUCUACGACCGCGAAAUCCUGCCCAUAUCCAAAGGCGUCCUGCGCUGGGACCCCACCAUGGACAAUCAGCAACAGGAGUGCCUGCGGGGCGUACCGAGCUUCGAGACGCCGGAAAUGGAGGUGCGAGCCCUCCUCGAGGGCCAGAUAAUCCACCACUGCGCCAUUUCCCGGGAGAUGGGCUUCGGCCCGGACCCAAACACCAAGGUGAUUGUGGUGGGCAACGACGCCAAAUACCACAAUCUGCUGCAGAUCGUGGCCGAUGUCUUCAACACGCCCGUCUACAAGCGGUCCGGGCCCGAGGUCUGCCUGCUGGGCAGCGCCUUCCGGGCUCGCUAUGCCUUCUAUGAGCACCGGGAGAGGCCCUGCAACUGCCGCGCCUGCCGGCGCAGAGGCUGCCGGGAGCCAAAGCUAAGCUUUCACGAGUUCUUCCGCAACGUUCCCUCCGGGUUGACUCUGGCGGCGGAGCCGGAUCCCGACAGUGCCAAGACCUAUGCCCCGCUCUUUGGACGCAUCUCGCAGAUGUGCCAGCUGUUGGGGGCCCAGGGGGCCCAGUUUCUGGAUUCAAAGAUGAAUUUGUAGGGUGUGUUUAUUGAGAUGGCCUUCUGGUCUAGGGUAAGGCUAGUAGGCUCUUAGAAGUCGGCAUCCCAACCGGAGAGCUCGUCCGGCGGCUCGUUGGGAUCGCAGGGGAAGCGGUCAAAGUACCGCACAUCCGUCGGAUG